UCAAUGAGAUUGUGGGGAAGAAACACCGAUCAUUUAUACCUCUACUAGCUUCUAUUGGAAAUGGUGUAGGGCACGUCAUGCUAGGAGGUCUGGGUUUCUUCAUAAAAGACUGGAGAAUCCUGGCGGUCGUCACUGCCGUUCCUGUGCUUGUCCACUCUGUUUGUUUGUGGAUUUUGCCAGAAUCUCCUCGAUUUCUCUUGUCAAGAGGUCGAGUUCCUGAGGCUAUGGAAGUUUUUGAAAAGAUAGCUACAACAAAUAAAAUGGAACUCUUUCCCGAAAUCGCCUUACACGAAAGGUUUGCUGAAAUAUUUCUAAUUCUUCAGGACUAUUUGUGGCGAGAGGACACAGGAGAAGAAGCCAAAGAGUCUCUUCUGAUAUGUUACCUCAUUGGUAAAAUGAUGGCAUCGGGUACAGCAAACUUCUUUAGUGCUUAUGCUGUAGAACUGUUUCCAACUUCACUGCGAGGCCGAGGAAUUGGCCUAUGUAUGAAUUUAGCGAUGUUAUCAAACAUAUUUGUACCAUUUAUUGACCAUUUAGGCCAUGAAUAUCAUUUCUUGCCUCUAGUCAUCCUAGGCGUAUGUAUGACGUUCGGCGGAAUACUUAUUCUAGCUCUUCCCGAAACGAGAAACUGUAGACUUCCAGAAACAGUGGAAGAAGCGGAGGAUUUUGCAAAGAACUGGACUUGGCGAGAUUAUUUACGAUGUACAGACCGAUCAAUCUAG